AUGGCUGUCGGACUUAGUCCUCGCCGAGCGCAUAUCGAUAUCUCGCCACUUCCGCCAAAGCUAGACACCACCGCCGGAGCAAGAUCACGUCUCUUCCAACCACCACAAACGCCCGCAUCAUCCUACUCAUCGAGCACCUUCACCUCCACCAACUUCGAUAACCUCGCGAAUGGCGGCCAGAAGCGCUCACGGCAUGACUCGGAGAGCUACUUCACGACGCCCUACUCAGCAACCGCGAGUGGUUGGUCCAAUGUCUCCGCCUCCUCGAUCCUGCACUCCACGGACCUUGCAAGCCCCGCUCCGCUCGUAAACACCAGAUACACUCUCGCAGGUGGACUGGACACGCCGGGACUCGCGGCAGCAAGCUCAUACGAGGGCGCAAAUGCUCUGGCGUAUGAUGUGGACUUUAGAAGGCGGUGGAGCGUGACGAGCAACGGCGGCCACAAUGGCGGCAUAGCAACGCCAGGUCCCUUGGCCGGCGAAAGAAACGGCAAGCGACGCCAUCACUCGUCCCCCCACGACACGCCUCGCCAAACUUGGUCUCAAACCGUGCUCCACCUGGCCGGCGCCAUGGCAGGCAAGAUGUGGGACUUCUGCCGUGCAAACGCCUUUCGCGGUUUCUAUGCCGGCGGCGGCCAGGGCUACUCCGUCUCAAGUACAGACAGCAUUUGGGAAGACCUAGACAGCCGCCAACCCGUCUUCUCACCCUUCGAGUCCAUCACGACGCCCGUACCCGGGGACUUUCCACCCCUGCAGCACAACGACUACGGCACCGACUUCAUCCACCGCGGCGAGACGCCUACACCGCCGCGCCCCGCCAAGCGCAUACACACAGACACAGGUUGCGGUUGGGUGAUGGUAGACCGGCAUUCCGACUCUCGAGCCUCGAGCCCACGGCUUUCUACGCGCCGCACACCGAGCCAGACCAGCACAGCUUCGAACGCGACGCCCAGAUCUCACCUCCCACGUCCCGUCGCCCAGCCGCGUCCACAGCUCACACGCCCGCCCUCGCACCGGCGGUCCUUGAUCCCCGUCUCGCGCCGCGGCUCCGCCGUCUCGCUGUCUGGCUCUCCGGCGCUGCAGCACCAGCCCACGGAUAGGGCUCCAGCAUCUUUCGCCUCACCCCGCGGCGCACAAGCCACAAAGAUACCCUCCCGACCGGGCUCACGCGCCGGCUUGUCCGGCCAGGCGCUUCCGUCCCCUGAGACGCAGAAGUAUGCCGCGAGGCUGAGGCGGGAGGAGCGUGAGGCAGACCGUAGCCUGAGGAAGAUGAAUGAGCGGCUUAGGGACAUGGUGCGCGAGGGGAAGGAGGCGCUGGGGUCGAAGAUCGAGAUUGUGGACGAUGAGGUUAUGCAAGGGGCUUCCUGGGGGUGA